CACUGAUAGCUCAGUGUAAAGAUCUUCAGUCACACACACAUCAAAUCUGGAAGUGUGAAGCUGCUCUCAUUCAGUGACCGGUCUUCUGUUACUCCGCAGUCAUGUUGGUUUUACUCGCUGCCAUCUUCCUCCUCCACAUCGCCUGCAUCUGUCUGCUGCUGGCCGCCACCAUCCAUAACGCCUGGUGGAUGGCCGACUCCAUGUCCACUGAUAUUUGGGCUCGCUGGACUCUGACUGGAGGAAACUGGAACUACACUGAGAUUCCUGUUCACUAUCCUAAAGAGUAUCUGCAGGCGGUCCAGGCCAGCUCUGUGCUCGCGUGCAUCUUCUGCAUCCUCGGCCUGUUCGUGUUCGUCGCUCAGCUCUACACACUGCCUAAAGGAAAGCGCUUUCUGUUCACCGGAGCCUUCCAGCUGCUGGCCUGUACGAGUAACACA